CCGCUGUUCAAUUUUUGCAUGUGCUUUUUCAUUUCCGAGUAGUUCUUGGAGGAAGAAGUACGUCUAGUGAGUUGAUUAAGUGAACAACUGUGCGAUUUUCGAAUUGUGUGUUCUGUUACCACUCCGCCAUUUGUGAAAAAGUAGAUUGUUGAUCAAUUUCAAUUUGUUUAUUGAAUAGCUGGAUUUCAAAGAAAAUGGAAAAUCGCCAAGCGUGGCCGUUAGAACCAUUCAACGAUGGUGUUGAUGUCCAAGAUCUGGGCAGAGAGUGGGAAGAAUGGAAGAGAGCAUUUGAGCUCAUUCUCGAGUUGCAACAAUUCCAAUCUCAACAUGAUAAGUUGGUGUUCAUGCUCGCCCGUGGCGGCCGUGGCCUCCAAAGGAUUUAUUAUAACUUACGACCGGUGGCUGAGGAGUACUAUCCGGAACCGGUGAAAGUUCCAUUGAGGCCUGCGGAAAUUCCGGAGUACGAUAACGCGGUUAUCCGACUGGACAAAUUUUUCGUUGGGAAACGGAACGACCGUGUGGAGUUGGAAUUGUUCCGGUCGUUGAGGCAGAUGAACGAUGAGCCUUUCAGCCAGUUUCUUCUGAAACUUCGCGCCCAAGCUGCACGGUGCGACUUCAAGGAUCGUGAAGAAACCGAAAUUCUUCAGCAAAUUUCAAUGGCGGCACACGAUGAAAGGGUUCGUGACAAGGGCCUCGAAGGAGUUAUGAAAUUAGAUGACUUAACCAGCUAUGCUAUUAACCGUGAAUUGAUGGUGAAACAGAAAGCAAAGUCGAAGCAGUUUGCCGAAACAAACACUGGUUUGUUAGCUGCGGUCUCUCAGCCAUCGGCGCGGGCUAGAAACGGACUCCGACCAAAUCGUUCAGAAAGAUGGGGGGGGAGUAACCCAAACCGUGCUUGGCGUGAUCGUCGAAACAUGUGGAGCAAGUUCGGAUGCGAAAAUUGCGGAUUCGAGGGUCAUGCUGCUGGAUCUGCCAAUUGCAAAGCUAAACAUGCCGUGUGUAACAGGUGUUCUGACACAGGCCAUUAUGCCAGGAAAUGUCCCAACUGGCGCAGCGUCGAGCGCAAUCAUAACCAAGGAAACAUCCAACGGAUGAAACGGCCAUACAAUGUAGCAAACUCGUUGCAGUCUUCUGAGGAUUGGAAGGAAGAGUUGCCAAAAGUUCCUGAACGCAAGGAUAUUGCUAAGGUGGAGUAA